AUGUCGCUCUUAGCUCCCAUGGUCAGUUUUCCGAGGCCUUCCAAUUUCCAGGGGUGCACCUUUGAUGCCACUACGGCCGUGGACGCCACUGUCACCGGCGUGCUGAUGGACGGCUUGUGCUACAGGAACUUUGUGGUGGAACAGAAGAACUUCAACGGACAGCCGGGAUGGGCACCUGACAAAGUGCACGUGCGGAGUGAGGCACAUCUCCACACGCGGGCCUGCCUGGUGGUCAACUAUUGCGCGAAGACGGGGUUCUACCUCUUACGGCCCACCACAGGGGACUAUGCCUAUGAAGCGCAGAUGGAAGAAGGCACCUCAGCCGAAAAGGUCUUUGACUUUUUGAUCGAAGCACGUCACUCCUCCUGCACCACGACCACGACGACGGAGAAGGCAAACAUGGACUCAGCUCAAAAAAUGCAGGCGAUUGGAGCUUCCAU